AUGUCUGGUUACGGGGUGUCCAGCUUUUUCUCAGGGCCGGAGCUGCGAGACCCGGCUCACGCCUCGUCCUUACUGGCGCAGCUCAAGUCCUUCUACGACUCCAGUCUCCUGUGCGAUGUCACCAUCCGCGUCCUGGUGAGCCCUGAGAGCCCGGCGGCUCGGAGGACCCCGGAGAACAGCAGGAGCUUCCACUGCAACCGCAAUGUGCUGUCCGCCGCCUGCCCCUACUUCCGGAGCAUGUUCACCGGGGGCCUGUACGAGAGCAAGCAGCAGCAGGUGACGCUGCACGACAUGAGCCCGGAGUCCAUGGCGCUCAUCAUCGAGUACUGCUACACGGCAGGGUGAUGGUGACUGAGGCCAACGUUGCAGCGCCUGUAUGCGUCCGGCCGACAUGCUGCAGUCUGGAGUACGUGCGCAGGCGUGUGCCGCUACCUGGCCCGGCGGCUGGACCUGCACAACUGCGCCGCCAUCCUGCGCUUCGGCGCCGACACCUUCGACCACUGCGAGCUGCGGAGCCGCGCUCUGGCCUUCAUCCGCCAUUUUGACCAGUUUGUAACCAGAGAAGAGUUCUGUGAGAUGAGCCUGGCCCAGCUGAAGAUGGUGCUGAGCAUGGACAACCUGGACGUGGGCAGCGAGCGGAUGGUGUGCGGUGCUGCGCUGCGCUGGCUGGAGGCCUACCCCAAGGAGCGGGCAGAGGUGUGCCAGGAGGUGCUGAGCUGUGUGCGCUGGCAGCACUUCACAGACAAGGACCAGGCCUACCUGGAGAGCCUUAGGUCCAGGCCUUGGGUGCGCAAGUAUUGCCUGCCGUACCUCGACGCCGUGCUGCAGGACAAGGACGGUAAACCCAGCGUCGCCGUGCAAGAGAGCAGCCCCGUGCGCAGGAUCGGCAUGCUCGCCAAGGAAAUGGUCAUCUUCUUCGGCCACCGCAAGGAGCCUUUCUUGUGCUAUGACCCUUACUCUGGGGACAUCUACACCAUUGCCUCUCCUCUUAGUAACCUCACCCACGGCAAGGCGGUGACCUUCGCCGUGUGCGUCUCCCCGGACAAUGACUUGUACUUGGCCACCCAGCCCAUGAAACAGCUGUGGGUGUAUAGCCCGGUUCACAACACGUGGCAGCUCCUGGCAGAACGCUUGCUGUGCAGAGAGGGCAUGGAUGUGGCGUACCUGAGUUACGUGUACAUAGUGGGCGGCCAUGACCCGUCUUCUGGUGCUAAGAUCAAGGAUGUGGAGUGCUAUAGCGUGCAGAGGAAUCAGUGGACGCGUGCUCCGUUGCCGCACUCCUUUUACUCGUUUGAGUUGGUUACAGUGAACGAUCGCCUGUACGCCAUCAGUAAUAAGAGGAUGCUGUGCUAUGACCCGGCCUGCAACCAGUGGCUGAACUGUGCCUCCAUGAAACGCUGUGACUUCCAUGAAGCCUGUGUGUACAACGACGAAAUUUACUGUAUAUGUGACAUCCCCGUAGUGAAGGUCUACAAUCCCGCCAGGGGAGAAUGGAGGCGGAUUAGUCCAAUACCCACCGAGGUCAAUACGAACAACUACCAGAUUGUGCAGUAUGGGUCCAAACUGCUCCUCAUCUCCUGCACCAUUGUACAGUGGAAGAAGAACCGCGUGACUGUCCACGAGUACGACGUGACUGAUGACCGCUGGCUUAAUAUCGGCACCAUGUUGGGCCUUCUGCAUUAUGACUGCGGCUUCAUGUGCCUGUCGGCUCGCGUGUAUCCAUCUUGCUUGGAGUCGGGGCAGAGCUAUAUCACAGAGGAGGAUGAUGUCCGUAGCGAGUCCAGUACGGACUGGAUGGAUGGCUUUAGUGAGCUGGACUCCGAAUCAGACAGUCUAAGCUCUUUUUCCGAGGAUGAAUGGCCAAGAGUAUCUCUGGCAAGGCCACGGAUAUAUCUAGAAGGCUCUUUUUAACCCAUGGAAAACCUUAUUUGUAUUACCUUUUGAGAUGUCCCUCAAGGUUCUUGAGCCAAACCAUCUGCCUCUGAAAGUGAUCUGCUGCACUACUUGAAACCUUGUCCAGUCAGCGAGGAUCGCCUCUUCAGCCAAAGGGUAUUCUGGUUGUUUGAAGGUAUCCCCUUUCCACAGGAUAGAGGUUAACUUCAAAGAUUCAGUGGGGUUCCUACCGCUGGGACUCCCACCGAUCACGAGAAUGGGGGGCCCCAUACCCCCUGCAGGCCCCCCCCCCCUGAAAUGAAUGGCGCACGUGUGCGUGGCUGCUCUGUUCAUUUCUAUUGGCGUUCUGGAGAUAGCUGAACGCUGUAUAUGACGUCGCUCCAUUCCUAUAGGAAUUCCCGAGAUCGCAUGCCCGACCAGCCACUCCGUUCAUUUCAGGUGGGCUGCAGGAGGUACAGGGCCCCCACACUCGUGAGCUGAGGGGGGACCCAGCGGUAGGACCCCCACUAAUAUAAUAGUUAUCCCGUAUCCUGCGGGCAGCUUUAAACAACUGGAAUGCCCCUUUAAGUUUAUUCACAAUGUUCACAGAGCAGAGACCUGUUGUUUCCUUAUGUAAAGUUUUCACUUUUUGUUCUGUAAAAGUGUACUGCCAUAGUGUUUCUUUUUAGGGUAGGAUGGAGUAUACCGACCAUUGGCACGGUCAGGCAAGGGACCAUUCCCCCCCCCCUGCACUUGAAAACAUUGGAGGAGAUUUACUAAUUGAAAUGCCCCAGAAUUCUGGGUGUAAUUUGUGCAAAAAAACAGGCGUACUUGCUUUGUACCACAUUUUAUUUAAAAGCACUUUUUUUGGGGUCAGUCAGCAGGGGGUAUGGCUUAGUUAGAAAGGGCGCCAAAAUUUUGGCCCAUGAUUUUGCCAUAAAAUAAGCCAGCUAAUGGUGUAGACUACAUUCUGCAGAUGCCACAGCCACUUUAGUCUUCAGUGUACAU